AGUUGAACCAAUCUUGAAACUUUACAAAUCUACUAAUACUAAUACUAAGUAGAAGGCCGCUUCGCUUCCGAAAUCACCAGUUGGAGUUUCUUCUCCGAUGAUGAGACCAUCGAGAGACGCCAUUCAGUCUUACAUGAGCAUCACCGGCGCUGAUGAGUCACUCGCCAUUCAGAGCCUCGAGGAACAUGGGAAUAACCUCACUGAAGCCAUCAAUGCUCACUUCAGGGAUGUGGAAAGAAGCAUUCUUGAUCCAACCUCAGACACUCGUCCACAAUACAACAAUGCCGUGGAAGAUAAUAAUAUUAAUAAUAAUAGUCAUGUUCGUGUUGGUGGUAACGACUCUAGGCCAGUUCCAGGCGGACUUCCAUCUCUCCUCUCUGCUGCUCGGUCUUUUAGACCCUCUUUGCUUCUAGAUCCCAACUACAGGAGAAGUCUCCUUAGGCAGCUCAGUGGCUCUGGAAGUCCUCCACCUCCAUCAUCUCACACGGGAGAAGUCACUGGCUUCCCUGCUAACUCUACCUGGGGCACUACUAAUGAUCACGGAGGAGACGUUUAUGCUAGACUUUCACCUAGCUACGGAUCUCCUCAAGUCUAUGGUGGUCCACCAACACAUAGGAAUGCUGAAUCAUCACCUGUCUAUGGCAACGAUGCUGAGGAAGAAAUGAUCAGAGCUGCCAUUGAGGCUUCAAAAAAGGAUUUUCAAGAGGAGGGUCGUCGUCACAAUGUUCCGUCUAGCGUUUUAUAUUCGAGAGAGGCUAUUAACAAGGAAGACGAAGACAUUGCCCGUGCUAUUUCUAUGUCAAUAGAGAUGGAAGAGCAAGAGAGUGUAAUGCGAGAGCAACUAGCUGAACUUAUGCCUCACCCUGUGGAGCAAUCUAAUACAUAUGAAAGUAACAGAUAUAAGCCCGGAAGCUCUACAUUACAAGACAAGCGUGAAGACAGGAAACAAAAGCAGCCAAUUGAUACUAGCUCUCAGCACGGACAUGAUCUACAGAAUGUUGAAGCUGCUUAUCCUGAAGAGUGGGGUGGCAUUCCGUCAAAAGAGCUACAAGAGGCAAUAAUGCUGGAAAAGGCACUCUUUAGUGGAGUAGCUAGAGAAAAUACUUCACAUACUAAUCAGCCUGGAACUCACAGGGAGUCACAGUCUGCUGAUAAGAGGGCCGUUGAAGAGGAACCUGAGAGAUCUUCCAUUACGGAGAAGGCAGCGCCUCCCAUAGAGCCAUCAGUAGAAAAUGAAGAUGCUAUCACUCUACUCGUUAGAAUGCCAGAUAGCAGCCGUCAUGGUCGUCGCUUUCUCAAAUCAGACAAGCUUAAGUACCUUUUUGACUUCAUAGAUGCUGCUGGAUUAGUCAAACCAGGCACAUAUAGAGUGAUAAGAUCAUAUCCUCGCCGUGCAUUCAGCCUUCAAGACGGUGCCUUAACUUUCGAGGAACUGAGUCUGACCAACAAACAAGAAGCGUUGUUUCUGGAACUACUGAUAUAGUAGAGUAGCAUAUGUAACCUGAGAUGAUGAAUGAUGGUUAGCAAAAACUAGUUGAGUUCAAUGUACUUUCGUAGCUAUAGAUCCAACGCAUGCUCUGUUGUAAACUCCCUCUCGUUGAUUUGCUAGUGUUAGUCUCCAGUGUGAAACAAGCAUAUAUGAAAAUAUUUUUAAGGCCUAAUCUAUUAUCUUAAGGCCCAGUU